GUUAGGUCAAAACAAUGUUUUUUUUAGUUUGCUGACAUUUUGCGACUGCUCGUCCAAGUGUUGAAGAAGAUGGUUCUCCUAUUUGUAUUGGUUUUAUGCCUGUCUGCUGGUGAUGUUAGGAUGGAAACCGAAAUAAAUGUGAUGGAGGGAGAUUCUGUCGCUCUACGCACCGGUCUUGCUAAAAUAAAUCAAGACGAUAACAUCAUUUGGACAUUUGGAGAAACUUUUUUAGUUAAUAUCUAUAAGGGGUUCCACGUCAUGUCGUCUUUUGAUGGGACUGAUGGCAGAUUUAUAAACAGGCUGUCGAUGGACAGUCAGACUGGAUCUUUGACCAUCAAAAAUAUCAACACCAACCAUUCGGGACUUUAUUACCUUUUCCACAAUAAUGCCUCGAGCAAGAUAUUCAGCGUUGCUGUGCAUGCUCUUCUCCCCGUUCCUGUCAUCACCAGAGACGUCUCACUAAUGUCUUCAUCAUCAGAAAGAUCUUCAGUGUCAAAAUGUGUGUUGUUGUGUUCAGUGAUGAAUGUGACACAUGUGAGUCUCUCCUGGUACAAAGGAAAGAGUUUAUUGUCCAGCAUCAGUGUGUCUGAUCUCUACAUCAGACUCUCUCUACCUCUGGAGGUGGAAUAUCAGGAUACAAACACAUACAGAUGUGUCAUCAACAAUCACUUCACAAACCACACUCAACAUCUACACAUCAAUGAUGUCUGUCAGACGUGUUUAGAACAUGUCCGUUGUUUCAGUUUUACCGAAGCUGUGAUCCGAUUGGUCCUCUCUGCUCUGGUGGGCGUGGCAAUCAUCGCUAUAGUGGUUUAUGACAUCAGAUCCAGUUGAACGC